GUUUACUAAAACAUCAUUUAGUUAUUACUAAUCAACGAGCACUCGGGAAAAAUGCAAAUCCUUUUAUUGCUAGCAAGUGCAGUAUUCAUAAAGGCUGCUGUUAUAGAAAAAAAUAAAGAAGAAAUAAAAUGUGACGGAAUCAUAAUAGGUGAUGUUUAUCAUGAUAUUGAAAUACUUAAGACUGAUAUAGACAGACCUUACUUAUUAGCAGUAGACUAUAGUACCAAUACAGUAUAUUUCAGCUAUAGUCUUAAUAAAGAUGACGAUAUUUUUAAAACUGCUUAUGUGAAUUUGAAUACAAAAGAAUUUGCUGAGUUACAAGGCAUCAAUAAUGGCUUCGCGCAAACUGUUGAUCAGAAGAGCCAUGAAAUAUAUAUUGGCGGAAGUAGUGGAAUAUACAAAUAUAAUCACAAAACAAAAACAGGGAAACACAUUGGAGCGAAAGGUAAUGAUAUUUGGAAUAUUUACUUCAAAGAUAUACUUUAUUAUUCAACAUUUCCCGAUCAAUUUCUUUAUACAUUAAUAAAUGGAGAAUCAAGCCGCUUUAAAGAACUAGAAGAUACUAAAGUAGAUCAGUUUGUGAUUGAUAACGAAGAUAUAAUGUUUUUUACAAAUGCAACUGGUUUGUUCGGUCAGAAGAAGGGUUCACAAGAUGCUAUUAAAUACAAAGAAUCAAGUGAAGGAAUAAGAGGACUAACAACUGAUAUUAAUGGAAAUGUGUAUAUCUGUACAGCUGAUGGUAUAUUCAAAAUCGAAAAAGCCACAGUAUCCUUAGACAAAGUUCUGGAUAUUGAUGAUGCAUUUGGGUUGGCUUUCGAUAACGAGAACAAUAUCGUUUAUUCUGACGCUACUAAGCUGGUUAGACUUAAACCGAAUAAGUAUAAGACUUGCGAAAUCGAGAACCAGAGUUAAAACUAUUUCCAGUGAACUUAACAUGUAAACAACAGUUUAUUUUCUCAAAAUAAAACACUAAACGUUUUUAAAUCUCUGUUACUCUUAAUUUUGUAAAAAUGCUCGUAUUAUAAUAAUUAUUUAAGUAGAUGUAAAGUUUAAAUUAUGUUUAAGUUAUUCGUACUAUGUCCCUAAGUUUAAUUAUUCAGUGUAAAUGAAGUUAGGUUGCCCAAAUACAAUAAUUGGGUACAAAAGGCGGGCAGCCCAAUAAAUUUACACUUGAACAAUUCAAAUCUAGAACCGACUCCUGACAGAUAACUAGGUAUAAAUCAAUAGCUGAGAAGGGCAAACAAAAGACAGUUUAGGGCAGAAUAUUUUAAUAUAUAACUAAGUAAACGUUUUACGUUUUA